UCUGCUACGUCACUUCCGGGUUUAGACGUCCAGUUGUAGAAAAAAAAAUCAGGUUGCCAUGAAUUUGAGCUAGCUAGCCACCGAAAAAUAUCUGUACAUAUGAGUCAAACCAUCCAUGUCAAGACGGACGGAGGGUUUUCGAAGUGUUGUGCUGCUUCUGUGUACAUAUAGGGGCACACGAACCGGCCUGCAGACCUACUGUGAAUCGAUCCCGCUGGCUCAGUGACUUGAUCAGGAAACCUUGGCACCCUUGUGUGCCAAUUCAUUUCAAGGCCCGGGGAUUUCUGAAUCCAGAGGAUGAACGGACUGUCUAUACGAGAGUUAUGCUGCCUGUUCUGCUGCCCCCCUUGCCCCAGCCGCAUUGCAGCCAAGCUGGCGUUCCUCCCUCCAGAGCCAACCUACGCCCUUCUCCCUGACCCAGAUCCAAGCUCUGGAUCCGCACCCGGGUCCAGCUCUGGGGCUGCUCUGCCCUCUCUCGGAGCUCCAGGACUGCGCUCCCGGCUAAGUACUAGUAGUGGAGGUGACCGAGGAGGUGGAGGGGGCACUGGAGGUGGGGGUGGUGGUGGCGGCGGCGCGGGAGGUGUUGGUGCUGCUGCUGGUGCUGCUGGUGCUGGUGCUGCUGCUGCUGGUGGCGCAGGUGCUGGUGCAGGCAGUGGUGGUGCCACUGGCAGUGAGGGCAGGUGGAAGCUUCAUCUCACAGAGAGAGCAGAGUUCCAGUAUUCACAGAGAGAGCUGGAUGUGACAGAUGUGUUCCUAACCAGAUCUAGCCGGGGGAACAGGGUGGGAUGCAUGUACAUUCGUUGUGCCCCCAAUGCAAGGUUUACAGUCUUGUUUUCCCAUGGUAACGCCGUAGACCUGGGCCAGAUGAGCAGCUUCUACAUCGGCUUAGGCACCCGCAUCAACUGUAACAUCUUUUCCUACGAUUACUCAGGCUACGGUGUUAGCACUGGCAAGCCCUCUGAGAAGAAUCUCUACGCUGACAUUGAUGCUGCCUGGCAUGCCCUGCGCUCCCGGUAUGGCAUCAGCCCAGAGAAUAUCAUCCUGUACGGACAAAGCAUCGGCACGGUGCCCACGGUGGACUUGGCGUCACGGUUCGAGUGUGCUGCUGUGGUCCUUCACUCUCCUCUCACCUCUGGCAUGAGGGUGGCCUUCCCUGACACUAAAAAAACGUACUGCUUUGAUGCCUUCCCAAACAUUGAGAAAGUGUCAAAGAUCCCUUCUCCAGUGCUCAUCAUCCAUGGUACAGAGGACGAGGUGAUCGACUUCUCGCACGGCCUUGCCCUGUUUGAGCGCUGCCCCAAGGCGGUGGAGCCCCUCUGGGUGGAGGGAGCAGGUCACAACGACAUUGAGCUUUACAGUCAGUACCUGGAGAGGCUACGGCGUUUUAUCAACCAGGACCUGGCUGCACAGCACGCCUGAGAAAACAAACAAACAGCCUCUCUGCAUUUGUACGGAUGAGUGUGUGAAUGAGAACGUUAGCAUGUUUCGAAGUUUUGAGUGAGAAGUUUACCUAAACAAAUGUGUGGUUGUUUUUUUUUUUUUUUUCCUUUUUCUCACAUCUGUGUGUCUUUGAAGCAGCACACCUUUAGGUUACCUUUUCACACAACAUAUGUUAGACUAAUUUCCUGUUCCAAAGGUGAGACCACUUUUUAAUACAUCAUUAGCUGUAUCCAUCUGUGAGGCAGUGCGGCGUGAAACACUGAUAACAAGACCUGAGAUUACACAACUUCACGCAUACAUUGUUAACAGGAGGAACACGAUGGAAUCACAGCUUUUAAAAUGUGACGCAAGAAGAUUCAACACUUCUUUGUCUGAAAAAGGCACACAGAUGUCAUUUUAAAGUAUGAUGUUGGUGAAUGUAUGAGCCAUAGAUGUAAGUGUCGAGUGUGUAUUCAUAUCUCCAUGAACACCUGAGUAGUGUGUGUGUGUGUGCCUGUUUUUAUGUGUGCGACCACCAAGGCAGUGCUGAAAGAAAUGAAGGACAUCUUGGAGACUUGGACCGGCUGCAAGUGAAGGAGGCUUAAGGAGUCAUCUUGAUAUUGUGUGUUUGUUUUGUUUUGUUUUCAAUGUGUGUAUGUAUGAAGAAUACCUCCACAGCUUGACCAGUUCACUCUCUCUCUCUCUCUGGUAGACAAACACUGGUCAAGCAGGUGCCCCUUGCUCUCCUUUUACCCCUCCUUCACUUUCUGUUUACCGGUUAAUGGACAUCCAUGUGACUGCCAGGGCAUUUCCCAAGCUGUCAUCCAGCUAACACUACCCUACUCUUCUCCUGUGGUUUGGGGAUCCAUGUCCUUUAAUCCGCUUUGAAACACAAGGACUGGUCUGGAAUACUGUCGUAGCUUAAACGGCUGUUUUUGGGCAUCUCGUACGUAGUCUCUGUUUUGACUCUGAUACGAUCACAGAAUGGCCAACUUACACGUCGUUUCCUGGCCUUGUUAUAAGUUUAGCCUUUUCCUGUCUACAGAAUUGCUGCAGCAGCUUACAAGGAAUAACAUUAAUUUUCUGUAUCGCUUUACCCGACCCAGUACCCCUCCAUAUACAGCAUGUGAUUAAGUGUGAUGGUGUGGUUUCAAUGGAAACAGGUCUUAGGCGGCCACAUACAGUCAGCAUGGAUGAUUCUUUAGCAUUGGUAUAACAGCUUUGGCGUGUAGGUUUACUUUGUUAUUCUCAUGUGAAAUUAGAUCAGCCAGCUGUAAUGUGACGCCUCAUGACAAAGGAUUGAGCAGACAACGCUACAUCUGUCACAGCAGGAAUAGAUCAGAUUUAAAGGACUAGUUUGAAAUUUGUGGAAAUGCUGUUACUCUUUUGUGUGUAGAGUUAAAGGAGAAGAUUUUUACCAUGUUUUAUGAGAGCAGGACCAGAAAUAAGCCCAACCUGUCCUAAAACAGCGUGUUGUUUUUACUCUUACAUCUUUGUAUACAAAAGAUUCUGAAUGUAGAGGUGCUUGCAGGUGGAUUUGUUACCUUUGUACAAGCAGGCGAGCUCUUUUUCCCCUUUUUUCCAGUCUUUAUACAAAGCCAAGCCAACCACCUGCACACUUUAGCUUGUAAUAUACCACAUGCAGAUAUAUGGGAGUGGCAUCAAUUGCUUCCAACCCUCAGCAAGAGAGUAAUUAAGCGUUUCCUCAAUUUCAAACUACGUCUUUAACUUGUUGAAGUGAGUCUGGCUGGAUUUGGAGGUUUCUUAUGGUAUGUGGUGUCAGGGUAGCUGCUCAAUUCUCCAAACCACGGAGGGAUUAUGUGCAUUUAAUUUGUAAUAACCUCACUUCUUCACUUUGUGAAACUGAUUCACUUGUGGUCAUACAGCACAGUCUUUUCUGGGUCUUGUUUCAGGAGAACUCAUUAACCAAGUUCAGUCCACCUCAAUUUCUCAUUGACCCCUCAUGCACAUUUUCCCCCAGUGUUUUUGUCUUUAUAUAAUUAAUCUGAACGUGUUUGUUGUAGUGUAGGGCCAUGGUUUGUGUGUUUUCAGAACCCAGCGUGUCGCCGUUAUGACUAACCCAAGUGUGAUUCAGAUGUGGUGCAGGGACAGGGCAUCAUACCUCCUCGCUCUGUUUAACCUCUGUGGCCCUAAAUGUACAGGAAGCUCUCUUAUGGUCGGCAGCACGCUUCACGUGUGACACAAGCCAUAUUUGAGCCUCUCACUGUUGGUGUGGUGCAGGUUCCACCACACACACACACACACACACACACACACACACACACACACACACACACACACACACACACACACACACACACACACACACACACACACACCCCUUUGCACAUCAUUUCUCACACACACACAAACAAAUUCAUACACUACUCACAUGCAUACACACACACACACACACUACAUGUACUGUAGUAUACAGUGCGUUUACACAUUUAUAUAUAUAUAUCAGAUCAAGCAUGAAAAAAGCAGGUCUUAAGUUCAGCACUAUUGUACAAAGCAUCCAAAGUGUAAUAAGGGUAUAAAAUGUAAGUUUGUGUGUCUUCAUUAUUAUUGACUUGUCUUCUACAGGCCAGCAUUAAGGAUACUAACAUCAUGUUUUAAAAGAUACGAGAAAGCUGUGUAGACCUGAAAAUCCCAAGAACCCCAAAAAGGCUAACUCGUGUCAGAUCUACACGCAGGACACCCCAUCAGUUUCAGUGACAGUGGCUGCGUUUUUUUUUGUUUUUUUUUUGAAGGGAACAUAUAUACUGAACUCGCACUGAUCUGAUUACUCCAUUUUGGGAGUACAAGUGGGUCUAAGUAAGCCGUGGAAUAGUUACUGAACACCACUCGCUCUCUGUCUUCAUCUUGAACAGGGAAUCUUUCAGUUAUCAUUCUGUGCUUUGUGUCUCUGAUAUUUAAAUAACGGAUAUCUGUUACCAUCUUGAGCCAGGGAUCUGAGCCGCCGUCAGAAAAACCAGAGUUUAACGCCGCUCUCUGAAGUCAGGCCUCAGCUUCUUUUGGACAAGUCGUGUUUUCAGGGAAACCACUGGAUCCACCUUUCACUCAUCGGGUUCAAAACAGGCAGUGGAUACUUGCCGUGUUGUUGAUGCACCACUAUGGUUGGCGUUUAUUGUAUCCUCUGGCCCUGAAUGUUUAAUGAUGGGGGUGGGGGGGUGGACAGUGAAAACUGUAUGCAUGUCUAUCGUGUUUUUGAAGAGCAAGUGACGGGGUGGGACGUUCUCUCUAUUAUUGUGUAUUCUAUGUGAGGGUAAAGCUGAACUCAUGGCAUCGGAACAUUGAAGCGCUUUUUAAAAAACAA